AAAAUAUGCUUGAAAUCAGUGAAAUAUUAUCUGCAUAAUGGCAACCAAUAUGAAUGGUUUCUAUAUGGGAAUAUUUAUGAACAGAUAACUAUGUUGGUUUCAGUACCAACAUCUGCAUGUACCGUAACAGCACUAGAGUCAAAUUUAUUUGUGAUUGGUGGAUGGAAUCCGCGUCAUACUGAUGAUCAUGAGGAUUUAACGGAUCGUGGAUAUGUUCGAACGAUUUACAAAUACAACUUAUAUUUGGAUCUGUGGACAACACAUGAUUUUGAUCGGGGCGAGCAAGGUUUUCCGAUCGAAACAGCAUGUCACUGCACGUUUGAACUGAACAACGACAAACUGCUCGUUCUGGGUGGAAGUUUAUCACCGAUCGGUCACAACGCGAGUUCAGAUCGAAUGUACAUUUAUUCCGUGAAGUGA